AUGUCGGUGUGUCAGGGCAGUGCUAUGCAGAAGCUUAUUGCAAAGGCGGAUAAUCAGAAGACGGUGAUUGGACGGGUUGGUGCUGUUCCCGGAAUAGUGCAGGGGGGGCGAGAUGCUCCACAGGUGGUUAGUAAUGCUGAGGAAAGGUUUUUGCAAAGGAAAGAGGUGGGUGGUGGUAGUAUGAACCCAUUUACGGCUAUUUCGCAACCACAUGGUAUACUGAUGGAUGUGGACAGGCAGAACGUACGAGGAACGACCAGUAUAUCGUCAGGGGGAGGGAAAUCUAUGGAGUGGAUACAGCAAUUCCAUGGGAUGAAGUUGAACGAUUCUACGGAGUUUCAGAGGGAUUACAAGCAGAUGUAUGCAGAUUAUGAGCAGCAGCAACACAAGCAGCGUGAGUUUGCAGUGAACUCUUCAGAAUCAAUGUUUUUGCCGGCGCAAGGUGUUGGUAUGUCUUUUGUGCAGCAGCAACUGCAGUUACGACAAGAGCAGCACCAGCAGCACCGGCAGCAGGAGUUUGAACAACUAGAAACAUUCUUGGAAAAAGAAUUUGAGUCCUUAGAAUCAGAACUGCAGCAGCAACAGUCAGUUGACACCGUGGAUCCCGAACAGCUUGAUGAUGCCCAGCGAGAGUUUCAAGAGACGGCAAAAUCUGUGUACUCGACUCUCUCUUCUGAAGAGCAUCAAAAACGGUUUCAAGGUUCCAAGUUUCUCGGUCUGAUGCGCAAGAUCAGUGAUGGUGAUGUCACGUUGCGCAAGCAAGUUAAUAGCACCUACACGGGGUUGUAUGCACCAGUUAGUGGCAUCACUGUAGGGAAUGAGUAUUGGCCGGUGGAGGAUGAGACGGCAGCGUCUGCAAGUGCUUCUGCGGACCAGAGGCACCCAUUGGCGGUACAGCUGGAGGAUAUUUUAGACGGUAUUGAAGAUCUGUCAGGUUUAUCUUCCACAGAGGCAGCGAUAAGAGUCCUGCACUAG